CAGUUGACGCGGCGCUGGGAGCUGGAGGCACAAAAGAGGAGGCUGCCGCUGCUGCAGGUAUGAUCAAAGGUGAGAGUUCAGUCACGGUUGGCCAGAUCUGCUCCUGUACAGCACACUCCCGCGGUGCACCAGCAUCAUGAUAAAAACCAUCCUACCACAGACUCCGCUGAAGCUGCCGUGUAUCUAUUGCCAUGGUGAGAGAGAGCUCCUGGACUUUGACUCUGUUGCCAUGGUAACCCUGUAGCACGAAACCUAUAACUCCAGUCUGUUGCCCUGGUUGUCACAUAAAACGACCCAGGUAACUAUUUCGGUCUGCGGCCAUGGCGAUGCCGUGGAGACGCCCUGUGAAAUCGUAAGUCAGUUGCUAUGGUGAUUCUUUAAGCAAGCAGCAGUCAGUAUGGGAACGUCCAGAAUGUUCCGCAUUUUUGUAGUCCUGGGCUCGGCUUUCAUGAUUCUUCUGAUCAUCAUCUACUGGGAUGACGUCGGGGCCUCCCAUCUCUAUUUGCACACUCCUGUAUCGCCGGGACCCAAAGUCCUGCACCCUCCCUCCCAGCAGAGGCCUCAGACCUCCCGAACCCCGUCCUUCCUGUCCGACAUCGAUGCCUUCGUGAACCAGUUCUUAGAGCCGGGAACUGGGGAGCCCACUGACCCCGCUCUGACGGACACAAGCAACCAAUCAGAGAAAGCAGAAGAGCGGUACAUACCGCGGAGGGAGUGGAAGAUUCACCUGACUCCAGUGGCGGCAGAGCUCCGUGAGAGACAGGAGCAGCGACGGAGGUUACUUCAGGAGAUGUGUGCCAAUGACAGCGUGGUGUUUCCCGGCAAAAACCGAACCUUUGACGACAUUCCCAACAAGGAGCUGGACCACCUGAUUGUGGAUGACAGGCAUGGUAUCAUCUACUGCUAUGUUCCAAAGGUAGCGUGCAGCAACUGGAAGCGCAUCAUGAUAGUUCUCAGCGAGAGCCUGCUGCAGGACGGCGUUCCUCAGAGGGACCCGCUGGCUAUUCCCAGGGACCUGGUCCACAACAGCAGCAUGCACUUCACCUUCAAUAAGUUCUGGAAACGUUACGGCAAGUUUGCAAGGCACCUUAUGAAGGUGAAGCUGAAGAAGUACACCAAGUUCCUUUUCGUGCGGGACCCCUUUGUGCGUCUCAUCUCCGCCUACCGGAACAAAUUCGAGCUGCGAAACGAAGACUUUUACCGCCGCUUUGCACAGGUCAUGCUGCGUCGCUAUGCCAACCAGCCCACACCUCCUGCCUCGGUGGAUGAGGCAUUUGCCGUGGGCGUCCAUCCGUCUUUCUCCCACUUCAUCCAGUACCUGCUGGACCCUCAGACAGAGAAGGACAUGCCCUUUAACGAGCACUGGCGACAAGUGUACCGACUUUGUCAUCCGUGCCAAAUUCAGUAUGACUUUGUGGGCCACUUGGAGACGGCGGAGGAGGACGCCGAGCAGCUACUGCGCCAGAUGAGGGUGGACAACGUGGUGGAAUUCCCCACCUCCCAUAGGAACCUUACAGCCAGCAGCUGGGAGUCUGAUUGGUUCAGCACAGUACCUGUCGAGGCACGUAGGGAACUGUACAAGCUGUAUGAACCUGACUUCAGGCUGUUUGGCUACGACAGACCAGAAUCACUCCUCAAUGAGUGACUAAUGUUUCACAGAGCCGCACAGACACUUUUUUUUAAUAUGUAUUGAAAAAACACUACACCCCGACUACAGUGACAAAUUUUGUUUUGGGUUUUCGCUGAUGUGUUCUCGUCUGCGCUGCGCUGAAUGUACGCGUUAUGAAGGGCACUCAAUCAGAGGAAGCACAACAAUUAGGCAAAGCCAUCAUCCAUUGCUGUUUCUUUUCACUUAAUCACAAAGAUAACAAGAACGAAGGGAGCAGUUAAAACAUGGACUGUGCAAACAAGUGUUCCUAAAAUGUCGUACAUUCGGCGCAGUCCUCCAAACUCGACGCCGAGUGUUUUGCACUCCCAUUUUUCACACCAUGCCUGCCAUUUGUGGCCACAGUUGUGUUGUGAUUACUGUGAUGAUCAUAGGCUUUUGGUAGCACCGGUGUUGGAGAGAAACGGGGCCACGCUGUGUUUGUGAUGGCAAAAGAAAGCAUUUUAGUUGCUAACACAGAAGCAACGGUUUUUGGAAAGUUGGGCGAUUAGAUAAAACGUUUUAUUAGAUUAGUUGUAAAUGUAGUAGUUAGUCCGCUAAUUUAUUUCCCAUUGUUUAAGUGCAAUGUUUAUGUUGAGCAUGAAAGGGAUUUUUAUGUUAAAAACACACACUAAUGUCAACAGAAACACACCACCAACAGGCAGUUCUUUUAUACCUCAUAGGCAUCAGGCAUGAAGGAGAUAUUCAUGUUGCGUCGACAUUCUCUAAACAGCUUUUUCAGACCGGGCACGUUUAGUUCAGCCUUUCACUUCUAUUAACAGAAUGAUUUCACACUACAUUUUAGCUGCUUGCUUUAUUUGACCAGUUUGGAAGCCCGAUGUAGCCUCGUCACAUAGAAGCACAGCAGCAGCUCCGGGAGGCAGCACAUCAGGCUGAUCGGCUGGAUUUGCCCCAACUUGUCUUCGAGGCAUAAAUCUGGAGUUUUAGCAUUCUUUUGAUUUCGCCUCAGCUGUAUGUGCACAGGUGGGCCUGGGUGUAUUUAAAUGAACAGUUUUCUAAAGGGAACAUUUUCUUUCAUUUUUUUUUUUCUCCUUUUGUUACCAUCAGCAUUUCAUCGUCUUUUCGUGCUGCACUGAACUACUUUGGGUAACCCUGGAGACUGCAACAGUGCUGGGUUUUCUUUUUCUUUCCCCUCCCUGGAUAUGAUGAACAUUUUUUUACUCUUUAAGGGCAGCAUUUUCAUGAGAUGCGUUGUUUUUUUGUAGCAAGCAGCUGAGCACAUUGCAUAAGGCAAACAGAGGGGUUUUUAGUAUGUACACUGCACUACUGUGAAGGUGCAUCAAGUUGCUUUGAUGUUGUUCAGUACAACUGGUCCAAGAUGCAACGAUAGUCAGUGGUAGUUUCAAGGUUCAAUCCUGGUUCGAGUCAGGAUUAUUCACACCGUGGGAUUGGGUGACGUAAUUUUCCCGACAUGAGUGGAAAGAGAAGACAGUGCCUUUGGUUGCAAAAGUUUACACAGCAAAAAAAAAAAAAAGUAUUUUUGUAGAAGGAUUUAAUUUUUACUUAAAUACAGUGAGAGCUGUAUGACGCCACAGCGAGGUAUAUUUCAUAUACUGGGCCUUGUGUAUCUUGUGUGGCUGUAACUUAGGACAAACAGGAAACAACUGAGCCCUUUAGCAGAAUUGUAACUUUCUAUCUGGGUAUUUGUAUGAUUUCUCCUUCGGUGUACUUUUGUGUUCAGUGGAUUGCACCGUAUGUAUUUCGCCGCACAUUUCUUUGUCUGGAAAAGCCUUUUUUUUUUGGUUGUUGUUUUAAAUAUGUUGUAAUAAUACCGGUGACUUGACUUGAUGCAGGAUUUCUGUGCAGUUCAGACUAUACGCGAUGUCACGUUAUUUUGCAAGUUACUACGAUGUACACACACUACUAGGACGGUGUUGUCUUAAUGCCUUCUGUUUGUUUUGUUUUAUCUGUGUCAGUGUUAAAAGGGUAAAACUGCAUUUUUCCCCCCCAAAAGUCUGUCAUCAUCACGUCAGUACAUGCAGUACAUGAAGUGAAUACAUCCCUGUGCAAUAUCACUUGAGUGUCACGUGAUUCAGAAAUGUACCGCCUUUCAAUAACUGCAUCGUUUUUAAGCUGAUGAGUCGAGUACUUCCUUACAAACAAUCAGAGAGACUGCAUUGAAAAUAUAGACCCCAAAGUAGAAACGUGACAAAAGGGAAUCCCAGUUAGAAAUCCUGGAAUUACUGAAACUAAAUUGGGUACACCUCUGAUUUCCAGUCAGCCUAACUGCAGUGGAGUAGUUGGGAAUAUUGGACUUCUGUGCUGUGUCUGUCUGCAUUAUGGCUCCACAUAGGAAAGAGCUGUUAGAAUAUUUAGAUUAUGAAACUUUACAAAGGAGGGAAAGGCUACAAGAAGAGUGGCGACCAACUAAAAGUCUCUCAAAACCAAUCAGGAGGCACAGAAUGAGCCAUAGCACCACUUAUCAAAGCCACUAGGGUUGUCCAAAGAAGACGCUAUAGACAGUGUUGCAUAUUUGAGCUCCAGAAGCAGAUGGGAAAGUACGUUAGAUCCAGUAAAGGGUUUUUAGUUUUUGUUAAUGGUUCCCAAAGCAAAACCAUUUUGUACUCUUUGGCACAAAAUUGCAAGAUGAAACCUUGCCAAAGAAAACUGUCAUAACCUGGCUCGUGGGUUAUGACAAAUAUGGCAAGGACCACAGAUUUAAGUCAAAAUAAGGAUGUUUAUGAGAACCAAAAGCAAACCAUUUAACAAAUAAUAGUAAGUAUGGCGUGUGUGACUAUCAGUAGUAUCAGUAGUGUAGGUGUGAAUGAGUGAACAUGAUGGGAUGUGAGGUGUUGUGAAGCAGAAACAAAGCAAAACAGAAAGAAGUGUCGCCACCACUACCGUAGCCGAAUGAGAGAGAGAGCAAGAGAGGGACGGCGGUAGAUUUAUGGGCCGUCCUGAUGCCUUCAGGGACCCACAGGUAAACUGAAUUCUCCGCCUCCAUGACAGCAGCUGACAUUGGGCUGUCACAAAACGAAAAAAAGAAAGAAAUUGGAACCACACUCUGAGGCCAAGAUAAAUGUGUUUAGCUCUCAUGGGGUCCAGCAUGUUUGGCGUGAAACUAAACAGGACAGUGAAUGCAUCGUCCUGACCGUGAAGGUUUGAGUUUGAUGAUAUGUAGCCGCAUGAGUGCAAAAGGUGGAAAAUGAGAAAUUUGAUUCCAUGUAGUGAAAGCUGCAUCGAGUUCCCACUGAGCAGCCUGUAUUUUUAGUAUUCAAAGCAAAUGCUCCACUGGACAAAUUAGAAAUGAUGCAGUUGCUGAGAGGUGAUAACAUUUUGAAUCAUUUGACGUCGACCGUUUCCAUCGUAAAAGGGUAGAACUGCAAAGGAAAGCAGGUCUCCGUCAAGGGAAAACAAAACACCUCAUCAACCUGCACUCCCACCUUACCAGUGUUUGGAUUGUAAGUCACUCAUAUUUUAUUGUCUUUUUUUAUUCAUGUAUUUUUUUUUUUACUGUCCAGAUUCACCAUGCAGCAGUUAUGUUCUUCAGCAGUUGUUUUCUGUCCAACCAGACGGACUCAUUUUGUAAGGCGAAAAGAAAAUGAUGUUUAUUUAAUAGCAAAAAUAAAAGCCGUGACUGAUUUUUGCUUCUCCAAAGCAGAAGCCAGUCUUAAAGGGUUAAAGCUUUUUGUUGAAGCAUGGAGUUAAUGUGUUUGCUGAAAGGUUUCUUUUUAAGCUGCAGUACCAAACCAUGUUUCAUCGUCCUGAAAUAGUGGCAUACAUACAACAACAAAAAAGUAUUUUUCAAGCAGAUUUUUUGGUGUAACUAUUCAUGCAGGUCCAUCAGUUGUACGGUGUCACGUGUCAUUUGGUAUUCAUACAAAAAGAAAUAAAGGUUAUGAGGGCAUGGAGGAAGA